UCAAAAAAAGUGAACUAUUUAAUAUUAACUUAAAACUGACCGCUUGCUUCGCAUUUUUUGCUUGUGUUUUAUUUUUUGGUUUUUGCUGUCUGUCAUUAUAAUAAUUAGUAGUGUGAACAGUUUUGAAAGAAUUUCAAGCAUCCAACGGCAUGUUGAACCAUUCCAUGCACAAGACUUUGGCCGCGCUACAAAAUGGGCUUCCUAUCGAAGGCUGCAUACAUCGUGUGGGCCGUCCUGUUCGAGCAGGAGAUCAUGAGCUAUGUGCCCAUUGAGGAGCGUAGUCCUCAGGGAUCGCCGGUGCUUAGUUCCCGGAUGACGCAACGUGCACCGCCGCCAUUCCGUCGCGACUUUGAGGCCAAACUGCGUAGUUUCUAUCGCAAGCUAGAGUCCAAGGGCUACGGUCAGGGACCACACAAGCUCAAAUUGCACAUCCGACGCAGUCAUCUGCUGGAGGACGCAUUCCGUCGCAUUAUGUCGGCCAACAAGAAGGACUUGCAGCGUGGUCGUCUCGCCGUGCUCUGGGACACAGAGGAGGGCUUGGACUAUGGCGGCCCGUCUCGGGAGUUCUUUUUUCUGCUGUCGCGCGAACUGUUCAAUCCUUACUACGGAUUGUUCGAGUACUCCGCCAAUGAUACGUAUACGGUGCAGGUGUCGCCGCUGUCGGCAUUUGUGGAUAACUGCCACGACUGGUUUCGGUUCAGUGGGCGUGUUUUGGGCCUCGCCCUCGUCCAUCAGUAUCUGCUGGAUGCGUUCUUUACGCGACCCUUCUACAAAGCGCUGUUGCGUCUGCCAGUUGCACUCAGUGAUCUCGAGUCGCUGGACAAUGAGUUCCAUCAGUCGCUGCAAUGGAUUCGCGACAACGAUAUUGGCACCGGCAUCGACCUGGGACUCACCUUCUGCGUCACCGAGGAGCUGCUCGGUCGCGUUGUCGAGCGCGAACUCAAGCCGGGUGGCAGGAAUGUCAUUGUCCAUGAGAAGAACAAGAAGGAGUAUCUGGAGCGCAUGAUCAAAUGGCGUUUAGAACGGGGCGUCCAGGAGCAAACGGAGUCGCUGGUGCGCGGCUUCUACGAGGUGGUUGACUCACGGCUCGUCUCCGUCUUCGAUGCCCGCGAACUGGAGCUGGUCAUUGCCGGCACCGCAGAGAUAGACACCAACGAUUGGCGCCUAAAUACCGAAUACCGUUCGGGCUACCAUGACAACCACCAAGUGAUCAUUUGGUUCUGGCAGGUUAUCGAACGCUUCAGCAAUGAGCAGCGACUGCGCCUGCUUCAGUUCGUCACGGGCACAUCCAGCAUACCCUACGAGGGUUUCUCCGCGCUGCGCGGCUCCACUGGCCCCAGACGCUUCUGCAUCGAGAAGUGGGGCAAGCCAAACUCGCUGCCCCGUGCGCACACCUGCUUCAACCGGUUGGAUCUGCCGCCGUAUCCCACGCCGGAGCUGCUUUAUGAGAAGCUCCUACUUGCCGUCGAGGAGACCAACACCUUUGGCAUUGAGUGAAUUUAAUCAGCAGAAUAACCCUACCACGAUACUAUAGAAUCCGACUGGAUGAGAAAUGUGGAUCUGGAUCUGGAUGUGGAUCUGGAUGUGCAAUUGGCUUGUGCUGCUGCUGCUGCUGCUGCUGCUGAUGCGUGAUAUUUGAUGGUGUU